AUGUCAUCGUCUGCCGUGCUCGACGCAGACGCGUCGCGUCCACGGUCAGGCAUAUUGACUCCAAGUUCUGAUGGGAGCUUGAAUCGUCGGGACGUCAGCUCACCAAAUGGGAGGACUAAGAAAAGAGCAGAUGCCGCUGCGAUGGAUCACUUGCUCAAACCCUCCAUCUCGGUCAAGCCACAUCCGCCAAAUUUGCAUGUCCAACCCCGCGUCUUGUCACCACUGAUGCUUCUUCCUCGAGAGCAUUUACCUCUUGCUAGUUUCGACUUUUCUCCGCCAGACAAUGGCUUACCACAAACCCGAUUCGUCGAGUCACACGUAAAGAUUUUGGAUCUGGAAAGUCGCCUGGGCUCUGCGCCAAGUGUUGUAAUCGCCAGAAACGACGCCAAGGGCACGACAUAUGCUCUCGAAAGGCAGCAAAAUGGCUUGUACGUCUUGUGUAAGCUGGGCUCUUGGGUCGACCUAGGAGAGCUGGUUAGGCGAGCGACGGCAUCGUGUCAUGAGCGUCUUGUGCCUGCGAGGCCAGAUCGGCGAGAGACAGAGUCCAAUGCGGCAUUGACGACUCCCCACUUACACAAAGAACAAAAGAAAAAGAGAGCAGCCAUCGAGGCUAUCCAAAGUCUGGUACGGAAGAAGUCGAAAUCCCAAACUAGCCCGCAAAUUGGCGGCGACGAGAACCAAAGCGAUGAGGUAGAUGUCGAAACACGGGUACGGCAAUUACCUUCACCAGAAAUCAAGUCCGAUAACAGCGGUGGUAUUGAACAUCCAACAAUGGUUCAGGAAGCGCAAGCAGCGCGUCCUUCGGUUGAGAACGUACCUCCUGCUUCAACACUACAAACUGCAGAAACAAUUUUUGAUAAUAUCCGCACACAGUAUUUUGAGGCAUUGUACAGAUCUAUGGGCUCGUUGGCGUAUUUUGCUAAAGGACCUCUCUCGCGGGCGCGAUCCGCAUUCCACUUGGAUCUUGAGUCCAACUUGGACAUGACUGACUUGAUUGACUUCUUGAAGAGUCUGAUCCUUACAACGGUGCAGAUAGACAAGAAGUAUCGUGAGACUAUUCCUGAUGUCAUUUCAAAAAUGAAAACGUUGAUUGAGACGUCUGACGAGGGCGGUAAGAAGAAGCGCAAGGUUAGAAAGAUGAAGCUUGGCAAAGAUUCACUAUAUCCCCUGGAAGAUGAAAGCAUCCGCAAAUGGUGGAAUGCGAACAAGCCGGACAUCAAUGGAGACGAAGCAUCAGUCUCUAGCGCACAUAUCAAAUCACAUGUGUCGGUGCUUCGCACAAGAGAGACUCAGCUUCAAAUGAUAUUGAUUCUGGAAAUCCUUGCCUUGGAGCCACUGAAAGGCGAAGAGGAGACUGGAGAUGCAAGUUUGCCAACUUUACCGGGAGCACAAUCCCGGGCUGAGCAAAGCAUGGCACCGCCUCCCAAGAAGCGGAACAAGCAUAAUCUGCCUGUCUUGGUAGAUGUACAUGCCGACAGGCUAACCAUCUGGCAGUCGACAGCUUCCGACGAGCAUGUCUUGCUGGCAGACUCUCAAGCUACGCAGACUUCAGCUGACGGUCACAUCCAUCAGAAAGCAUCGUCAGAGCCAUUGAAAGACUUUUGCGUCGAUGUGAUUGUGCCAUUCUUUUCCGCUCGCCUACCUGAGCUUUGCGACGCGAUUAACCGUAAACUCGGUGGUCCAGUCAUUGUGUCUCCAGUCAAAUCCAAAUCGUUGAAGCGGUCAUCCAGUAAAAGUGAACAGAAACCUGGCGCCGCGACAAAGCGGCCGGCUCCGCCUAAUCCCAGGAGGACAUUGCAGAGAGCGCUAUCAACGGAACAAAUGCAUCGGCGAAGCGUUUCCAGGGGACCAAGCAAUGCCAUCGCACUGAUGAGAUCAGCAACUUCGACAUCUCUAUCGGGAAUAAAACGGGAAGGAAGUGAGCCUUUGUCCAUCAAAGACCUACCCAAAGGAGAAAUUUUGAUGGGCCGAGCCAGGCAGCCAUCACUGUCGCGCAGCAAUAGCACAAGCAAACUGGAAGACACCAGGGCAAGUAAGAAGGCACAGGUUGAAGCAGAGCUGAAGGACGCGAUAUCGGCGUUAAGGAAACCAAAUCGUGAAGUUGUUGGCAAAGCAAUGGCCGAAGCGGAUGAACGUCGAGCCGUAACAAGCUUGUCUGCCAAGAAAGUCAAAAAGAUGUCUAGGAGCUCGUUGGCUAGUGCAAUUCAAGUCAAGGCUACACCAGCAAACAAACGGUUCAAGGACGUUCUCGCAGUCAAACAAGAAACAUCAGCGGGCUUUCUUCCGGAAGCCUCCGAUGAAGUCGUACCGCCAUCGAGCAUUGGCCAUUUAGUUCCGUCUACAGGACAUAGGCAUGGCCUCAGAGACGCGUUGGCAGAUAGUGUCUCGCCGGCCACAGACCUCGUUAGUGGAACUCCGGGCCGGCAGUCGUUGCAAGCCAGUUUUAUUAGACGUAUGGCGUGCGAUGAGUCCACGAUCCUGCCAUCUUCGCCGCUGAUGAGCAGAACGGCGGCUUUGGUUGACGAAUCUCCCGACCCUCAAACCACAGGGAGGGUCACAGCAGGUGUUCGGCCACGGUCUGACGAGGUUAUGGCAACACCAGUUAGAAAGAGUGUAUCAAAGCUGGACUUGAUCCAAAGUGCAGUAUCAGUGCACGAACUCAAUCCGCAGAAGAAGGUAUCAAUCUACGAGACCUUGGGUUGGGACGAUGACUUUGAUGACAUAUGA